AUGGGCAACAACAUAUCGUGCCUAACACUCUCUGGCAUUUCACUCUCCCUACCAUCUGACUAUGACAUACUCGAAGUUAAAUCCCAAAGGGACGAUUUUUUACAGUACAGAGAGGAGCUGGAGAGACAAGUAGAAUUUUUCAAAGCUAAAUUGACAGAGCACCUAAAGAAUGACGACAAAAAAAACGCCAAAUAUGCCUACUGCAACAAAAAGAUAAAUGAAGAACUACUGGCACUAGUAGACUCAUCUAUAUUGGAAAUCUUAAAUCUACUAUCGGAAAUCGAACACAAAAGGUUGUAUCGUAAUGUUAUUGGUACAAUUACAAAUGGAGUUGACACGAUCAAAAAGAUCAACUACGCCAUCGCUUGUCAAUGGGCGAUUAAUGAUGAUUAUAAGGCCAUCACGAUGCUGAUCAAUGAAAUGCCAGAACUUUUUAGCGAUCUGCGUAAUUACAUAGAAUCUGAUAAUCUUGAUGCAGAAGAGUUAGAUACUCCCACCCCAAUUAAAUUUGAUCACUCCGGGAUUAACACGGACUAA